AUGUGCGUGCACUUGUCUGGUGGCCGGGGCCCGGGCGAGAGCGCGUGCCAAGCCAUGCGCGGCAACUCGCUCAGGCCCCUUGUGGCCCCUCCUUCCCUGUCGUUGUUGUUGCUGCUGCUGCUGCUGCUGCUGCUGCUGCUGUUCCUUGUAUCCUCUCUGUUCCCGCGAUGCGCGGACCUUUGCCCAAGAAAAGCUUGGGAAAGGCCCAGAGAGACAUUCCUUGUCUGUCCCUCCCCCUGCCUCUCUCCGCUGCUCGCUCUCUGCGCGAUGCGCCCGAGAUAUAAUAUACACAUACCCCUUCAGAGAGACCGAUGCACGUUGCCGACCUGCCAGGGCCCCCGCCGGGUGCGGCGACCCCGGCCGGCGCCCUAG